AUGAUCGCCAGCACGUAUCUGCACCUGAAGUCGGUGCGGGCAGAUAUGUUGUCCAUCUCCAUGCACUUGUCGCGCAAUAAUCAGACCUCAAACCGGAUUUUGAAGGUCUUGUUCGCAACACUUGGUUCUCUAUUGGAUUGGUUUUCGGAGGAUUUCCCUGAAAAUUGUGAACCUGGCGAACAAGGCACAUCCGGUUACCAGCCAGCUGCUAUUUGGAUACAUCUGAGCCAUUAUUCCAAAACAUGGGAGUCCAUGCGACGCAUGCGAAACGCCGUAUUACAUGGCGUAUCCAUCGAUAUCGACUUUUUGGAUGAGAACAACGGCGACUUGCCUAUCCCAAUCAAGCGUGUUUUGCAGGAUUUCAAAGAUUACGGCGAGGCACAUGCGCGUGACCGGGAGGCUCAGGACGCGCGCCGUCGAAAAAAAGAUCGACGACGCUCCAAAAAAGACCGAGCACUUCUGCGCGAGGCGAUGAAGGUGAUCAAGCAGCAGAGCGUAGCGCAAGCCGAGAUGAUGAAGCAGCAGGGCGUAGCGCAAGCCGAGAUGAUGAAGCAGCAGAGCGUAGCGCAAGCCGAGAUGAUGAAAGAGGUUUUGGCGGUUUGCAAAACCCUUGCGCCGCCGACUGUGGCAUCCGCAUCGGGAGGUCCAUCGCCACCCACCCCUUCCUCCCCAACACGAAACGUGUAUUUUCGCAUCGGGGGUGACAUUGGACAAAUGAUCACCAAAUAAAGUGGGGGCAGCCUGGACAUAGCAUAAUCAAUUCAAAUGAAGCAUG